CUCGUUAAACACAAUAACCAACCAACCAAUGCGGUUGUCCAGAAUGGUGCGCUGCUGCAUUACCACUCUGCUACUCAUCGCGUCUGUCAGCGCAGCCCCUGUGGACGAUUGGACCAGCCGGACGGUCAUCUACCAGCUGCUCACUGACAGGUAAGAUGCUGAUCCGUGGGGUGUGUGCGUGUUCAUCUGUGUGGUGUGUGCCAGAUUCGCUCUCGCCGACGGCCAUGCUGACACAUGCGACACCGGCAACUGCCCCUACGGCAACUACUGUGGCGGCACCUAUGGCGGCAUCAUCGAGAGGCUCGACUACAUUCAAGAUCUUGGGAUGAAUGCCGUCUGGAUAUCGCCCAUCCCUGCAAACCGACCGUGCGGAUACCAUGGCUACUGGGCCGUUGACUGGGACUGGACCAACGAGCACUUCGGUGACGCUGCUGACCUCAAGAACCUCACGGCCACGCUCCACAGCCACGGCAUGCAUGUGAUGGUGGACAUGGUGGCCAACCACAACGGGCCUGGAAAGGUGCCCGACGGCCAUCCCUUCACAGAACAAGACCACUACCACCCCCGGUGCACCAUCGAUUUCAGCAGCCAGCGGAGCAUCGAGCGGUGCUGGCUGGUGGACCUGCCGGAUCUCAACACGGAGAACGGCUUUGUGAGCGACUACCUGGCAGACUGGGUGGUGCGGCAGGUGGACGAGUAUGGCUUUGACGGCAUCCGAUAUGACACUGUGCCUUAUGUUCCGAAGUGGCAUUGGAAGAGGGUCGCGGACAGGCUGGCCGGCGGCGGGCGCAACGGCACGUACACCCUGGGUGAGAUCCUCAUCGGCAACAGAGGGGCCGACUACCUGGCGGGCUAUCAGUAUGACGCACAGUACGGGCCUAUUCUAGAUGGCGUGAGCAUCGAGCGUCAUCCGCGCACUCUACACUCACUGAUUGUCCCGUUUUGUUGUGUUUUGUUGUGUUGUGUUGUUGCAGCUUCUGAACUAUCCCCUGUACUUUGCGCUGGUGAAUUCCUUUGCGCGCGGCCAGUCGCUCUGGGGCCUCAGCAGCGCACUGCAGGAGACGUUUGGGACAUACAGGUGUGUCAACCACACACACAGACGGCACACUGAAACGAUGCUUCAUAGAGGUGUGUAUCCGUUUCCAUGUUGUGCAGGCGUCCCGCUGCUUUGGGCAAUUUCGUGGACAACCAUGACGAGGGCAGGUUUCUGCAGAUGAACCCGUCCCACGCCCUGUACAUGAGCGCCCUCGCCGUCGUCAUGGCAACGACUGGCGUGCCCAUCGUCUACUAUGGCUCGGAGCAGGGACUCACACAAGGUGAUGGAUUGAUGGACACCAACACACACACACACACACACACAUGGAUGUCGUGUGAACACAUGUGCAGAUCCUGACGGCAGCCGUGGUGCGGACAACCAGAAGCGCCAGCCGCUGUGGCGGACGGGCUACAACAAGAGCCACCCCCUCUACCGCUUCAUCAGCCGGCUGGCCCGCUUGCGCACUCAGGGCCUCUUCGACGGCACACAGCGAGAGCUCUGGGUCCUCAGCAACAUAUACCUUUUCACACGGUCAGUCAGAUCAGACAGACGGGGACACAGGCAGAGAAUGAAUGACCAUGCGGACGUCUGUGUUGUGUUGGGCUGUGUGUGCAGUGGUGAGCGCGUGUUGAUAGUGACGUCCAACCUGGGCGACGGGCAGUCGCUCGACAUCACUCUGCCGCCGAGCAACGUGCCCGACGCCUUCAGACGCGACGGUGACAUCACCGUAUGCGACCUGCUGCUGGGAGAUGGACAAGGGAGGGGCGAGGGCGAUGGGUGUGUGCGCGUGGCCAAUGUGAACCGCGAUGGCCUCCACGUACACAUAGAUGGCGGCAUGCCGCAGGUGCUGAUGGUGGUCUCGUCGACGAGGCAAGCCCGGAGGAUGCCCGUGCUCGCAAAGUGACACUCGUCAAGAUGAAUCAAUCGCCCGAGUGGGAUGGGAUGAGGGGCUUUUCCUAGUCUGUCUGUCUGUAGUUUGGCGAGAUUCUGUUGGUUGAUGUUGGUCAUUGGUGUGUGUUUUUGUGUGUGUGUUGUGGGAGACCAAGUGGGGUGCGCACGUGAUGUGCUUAGGUUUUGUGCGUGUCUGGACGGACGGUGUCUGUUUAUCUGUCUGUGAGUGAGCUUGUCCAUCAAGC